AUGGUGGAAAUCGACCUCUCCUUUUCUUUCCCCGGCUCAUCCCGACAGACCUCUACUCUUGUUUCUUUUUCUCUUGUAUUUCUUUUUUUCUCUGACAUGAUACAAGACCAACUCUUUGCAUUACGACAGACUUCCCCUUUUGUUUCUUGGUACAUCACAAUAGACCUCCUCUCUUGUUUUUCAGCACAUACCGACAGAACUCUCCUAUUCUUUCCCUGGCCCAUCCCAACAGCCCUCCCCACUUUUUCCCCCUGGCACAUACAUACCUCUACUCUUGUUUCUCUGGCACUUCUUGACAGAACUUACCACUUUUUCCGCUGGCACAUCCUGACAGACCUCAACUCUUGUUUCCCUGGCACAUUCCGACAGACCUCCUCUCUUGUUUCCCAGCACAUCCUGAUAGACCUCCCCUAUUCUUUCCCUGGCAUAUCCCAACAGACCUCUCCUCUUCUUUCCACGGCUCAUCUGGACAGACCUCUACUCUUGUUUCCCCAGCACAUCCCAACAGACCUCUACUCUUGUUUCCCCAGCACAUCCCAACAGACCUCCCUUCUUCUUUCCCCCAGCCCCUCCCAACAGACCUCCCCCUUCCCCAGCACAUCCUGA